GUGUGUUCUGAUUAUCGUAGAUCAUGGAAGUUCAACUAAUUAAUAGUCCUCCUGGGAGCAAAAAAGAUUACAAAUCCCUCGUCUUAUACAAUGGAUUGAAGGUGAUCUUGAUAAGUGACCCAAAAACAACGGAAUCUGCUGCAGCUAUGACGGUUCGAGUUGGGAGUUCUAGCGAUCCCUCAAAUGCUGAAGGUUUAGCUCAUCUUUUAGAGCACAUGCUCUUCACAGGAUGUAAGGCUUAUCCUCACCCAAACGAGUUGGAUGAUUUUCUAAGUCAGUAUAAUGGAGUGUCGAACGCUUUUACAGAGAUGGACUUCACGAUGUUCCACUUCAAUGUUAUGAAUGCUGGCUUUCAGGGUGCUCUUGAAAGGUUCUGUGAGCAAUUCAUAUCACCUCUAUUUCAAGAAGACUGUUUGGAAGCCGAGAUCACAGCUAUUGAACACGAGUUUGAAUUAGACCGUCAAAAUGAUAUGAGUAUGCUUGAUCAGCUUAAAGGUCAUACUGCUUCAGCAGGACAUCCCUUUAAAAGAUUUACUUGGGGCAACAGAGAGUCCCUUUCCAAGGUUAAAAAAGUUGAACUCAUCGAACUUCUUUGGAAUCUUUUCAAUAAACACUUUGUUGGUUCUUCUAUGUGCCUUGUUGUUCUUGGAAAAGAACCUGUGGGUGUUCUUAAAGGAUGGGUGAUUGAUUAUUUUGGUCGUAUUAAAAAAGGGACAGAAUUCAUCUCUAAUUACAAUCCUACACCAGGUCCUAUUUGGAAGGUGGACACUCUGUUUCUUUCGAAAUCAGUUGAAGAUAUUCAUCUCUUUGAUAUUACUUGGAUAAUUCCUCCAAAAUCAUACAUGAAGAGUUCUGAACAGUUUCUCGUCAUAGCAUUUAGUCAUAAGGGUGAAGGGUCUUUAUACUCUAUCUUCAAAAAGAAAGGCUGGUUGAUGUCUCUGAAAGCAUCUUCUGGUGAUUAUAAAUCUGAUGAAUGUAAAGGGACUUAUGCAUGUACCUCAGUGGGACAUUUGUUUUCACUUUCUCUUGUGCUCACUAACCUUGGUUAUUUUAAUGUCUUUCAUAUUGUCGGUUAUGUUUAUCAGUAUCUCCAAUUUUUGAGAGACAAAGAAGCCCCUGAGAUUAUGAAAGAGUUCUUCUCGAUCAAGAAGAUUAAGUUUCAAUGCUUUGAUACUUAUGACCUUGGUUCUGAUCCUUGUGCUUUAACCAAACAAGUUGCAGUCAAUAUGCUUCAUAUUCCGCUUGAAGAUGCUGUUUGUGCUGAUUUUCUUAAUGAAAGUUGCACCAGAGAUUCAAUUAAUGAACUGCUGAAACAUUUUAUUCCAGGAAAUAUGAGACUAGACUUGGCUUCAAAGUAUUUUAGUGGAAAAGAUCUGCUUGAACCUAAAUUUAACACGUUCUAUAAAGAAUUGGAAAUCCCACGUCACUGGAUAGUCAAAUGGCUAAACCCUUGCUAUGGAGAUGUGUGUUUCAAAUUCCCUCGUAAGAACCAGUUUUUACCCACGGCAGUACCGCCUCCUUUGUUUUUACCCACGGCAGUCCCGCAACCUUUGGUUUUACCCACGGCAGUAUUACAUUCUGAUGAUGGGGAAGAGAUUGAUGGGAGUGAUGACUCUGAUGACUCUGAUGAGUCAGAUGAGAGUGAUUAUAAUGAUGAGUCUGAUGAAGAAUAUGAUAAAGAGGCUGAGUCAUUUCUUUUUGUGGACAAGAAUUCCAUAAAGUUGUGGCAUUCACGCGAUGAAGGUGUUCCUACUUUCAAUUUUGCUGUCUAUUGCAACAUUGGAGAUGACUUGAAGAGCCAAGUUUUGGGCGUAUUUUAUCUACAUCUUCUUAAUGAUUCGCUGGCCCUUAUCUUAUCUGAAGGAAUGCGGGCCAAUUUCUCUACCUCAGUAACACUUUCUGAUAAAAACAAAAUAGAGAUCAGAACAAGGGGUUUUAAAGAAAGAUUCAGUCUCUACAUAUCAAAGAUUUGGAAUGUUCUUACAUGUUUUUCUCCAUCCCGUGAUAGUUUUACGACUGACAAAGAGGUAGUGGUUGCUGUUUUAAAAAACAAUGUUGCUGAGCUUUCUGACCAUUCCAAAGUUAUGUUGCAAGCAAUGGUAUCCGCAUCUUGCCAUUCAUUUGAUGCGAUGUUGGACGUACUUAAGCAGCUCAAGUUUGAGGAUAUGGUUUAUUUCGUCUCAGAUUUACGCAAAAAGAUGUUUGUUGAAGGUGUUUUCUGUGGGGAUAUACCAAAAGACGAAGCUCUUAGUAUAUCAGAACUCUUUGAGAGUGACAAAAUAGUACCUCUUGAAAAGAAUUGUCGAGGUGAUCUAAGAAUUGAUGUUAUCCCUCAUGCUUCCGUAUCCACUAAGUCACUAAAGUCUGACAAAAACUCUCUUGCUACGGUUUGCUUUCAAAUUGGAAUAGAAAGGAAUGAUGCACAGAAUACAGCACUCUUACAUCUCUUCUAUUCUCUGAUAGAAGAGAACACAAUCCAUUGGCUAAGAGUCAAGAAUAAUCUUGGAUAUGAAGUUGGUAGUGAACUUCAAUUCAAGGAUGGAAUCAACCUUUUCAGUAUCACUGUGGUCUCCUCAAUGUAUAAUCCUGAGUAUCUCUUAGUGCGGAUCCGCGAGUAUGUUGAGGGUUUAGAAACUUUUUUGAAUGGUGUGAAAUCCCAUGUUUUUGAAAACCACAAAAAGGCUCUACGUGAUGAUUAUCCUGAUGGUUUCGGGUGGAAACAGAUUAGUGAAAGAAGACUCUUCCCACGUUUCAACAAGAUAGUUAGGAGGAGUUUAAAAGAGAUUGUGGAGACAGAUGUCAUCUACUUUUACAAGAAGUACUUUACUGAAGCGUCUCCCGAUACCCGCAUGCUUUCUAUAAGCAUAUGGGGAUGCAACAGUCACUCCUCAUUUGCCUAAGUUUAUUUCACUCUUUUAUGUUGAUGCAAUUUGCUAUGGUAGAGUACUACUAUGGUUUAUCUUUAAAACUUCUUAAUAAUGAUGCACUUUCCUUUGUA